AUCUUAGUUUAUCUGGCUACAAUGUUGUUUACAAGACUGAGGAAUUCUCUAGAGCUGAGAUAAAGGCUGAAAGUACAUACUGUUGUGCAACACAGUUGGUAACUAUAGUGAAAGAAAGCGCUCCAAGAUGUGACCAGACUACAGAGGCCAUUAAUGCAGUGACACUAUUGCCAGUGUGACCAUUGUCAUGCGCCAAGAAUUUGCCAUUUCCCCUUCAGUUCUAUUAAUACAGAGAGGAUGGCAUCAUUCAGUGUUUGUCAGAUUGUAACACGGGGGUGAAAGAUUUGCCAAGUGUCUUUGUUGAUGUUUGGGACUGGAUAACUGGAUAAUUUGGGAUAAAGAUUUAAUAGAAAAGAACCGUAUAAAAGAAGGGAGCAGCAGCUUUCUGUAGCGUUUCACAAGUUGGCUAAUCGGAUUUACUGUUGUUGUAUCCGCAUCGGACAUUGAAAAUUUCCAAAACCUCCCGGGUGUUUUUCAAUUUUGAAAUUGUGUUUAAAGAUGCCCCGUCCUUUAUUUCAAAGAAAUGGUUGCUGGGACCCUCUUCAGGAAAAGACACAAAACCUUUUCACCCAAAACACCGACCUCCCCUGUUUCCUCGAACCAGAUGAGGUUAGCUGGAUCGAAUCGGCAAGGAAAAGACUGGGGAUUUCAACCUGGCCAGGAUCUAUGCGUUUACCUCUCUUCAGCUCUUUGUGCAUGGAGAUUCCACCUAAAUCAUGUACUGGAUCAGAAGGACGGGUUUCUGAAUCUGUGUGUGAACAAAUGAAAGGACAACAAACCUGGAAAGUGUGUCUUGAUGUCAGUCCGUUUUCUCCAGAGGAGAUAAACAUCAAAACCAAGGAGGGAUAUUUGGAGAUAACCGGUAAUCACGAGGAAAGGCAGGAAAAUCACAGGUUGAUCUCAAGAAGCUUUACAAGAAAAUACAAGCUUCCAGCUGACUUAGACCUGAAACAGAUCAACUCCAUGCUCUCUCCAGAUGGUAUACUCUCAGUUGAGGCCCCAUUGCAAGGCUCUAAUAUCAGUAUCCCUGGAGAGAUUAUCAUCCCUAUUCACAUGAUGGACAAACAGUUACCUGCAAAAUCAGAUGAGCUGUGCCUAACUGGUAACAAGUAAUGUACAGUUCUAGUUAAGGGUUAGGCAUAGCCCAUUUGAUUUAACGUUUAUGUGUUGAAAGUAAUGAAUGUGUUAACCUUUUGCUUUUGAUAGCUAACAUUAGAAGAGUUUGUAAAUACUGGCUUUGCAUGAAAAUAUUUAUCUUGUAAUGAAUUAUUACCAAACAUGACUGAAGAUAUAAUAUGCUAAAUUGAUGAGUUCUGCUGUUACUUUGGUUUAAAUACCAUUAUGGAAUUAACACAAUUUGUGCUGUAUAAGAACUCUAUAUAAGAUAACCACUCCUAAAUGUAACUAGUUAGUACUUAAGAGAGAUUUUAUUUUACAGUAAACUCUUUCUCGGGCUAGAAAGAAAGAAAAAGGGCUUCAUACUCGAGCUUGUGUCAUGUCAUGCCAGGACUAUGCUUUUUGAAUUUAAGAGGCUAUUUUGGUACACCUGUUUUGAGAAUGGUGGAAAUAAUAUAUAAAAUAAAGUUAUGUAAAUGUAAUGAACAAGAGACUCUGAACCGAAAAUGUCUGGGAAAAUCAUUAAAUCGUUAAAGAACUAAAUCUGAUCAUGCAGCUGAGUAGCGCUUCAGGCCACAUCCUCUAGAUGGUGCUGGUAUCUAAAGCUGUAGAGCUGACACCAGAUUCUCUGUGCUUUUAACUUGAAUAACGUCACACUACCGCACUGCUAGUUGGGCAGGUCCUGACGCAGUCCGUUAUGAAACCCAAAGCCUUCCUUCUUUGGUUUCAUUCUUGGGAAGUUUAGAUGUAUGGAGGCAGGUUUCUCCUAGUCUCGCGUAGCCAGACCUUCAGCCAAUGGUCCGUGGACGUGACGUCUGAAGCUGGGUCUAGGUUUCUCCUUACCUCCACAGUUUUACCUUGACUAUUUUUGUAUGUGUUCCACAGCUUUCAUCACAUUACUCGGGAGCAGUCAUCAAAUGACAUGUCUCAGUUACACUAGGCUUGGUAAAAACAGCAAUGUGUUGACAAAUGCUCAGUAUUUUUACCUGUUACCUUGAUUUAGUUAUAAGUUGACCAGAUGAUGUAUUUUUUUUUACUCAAAGAUCUGUUUUGCUGAAGGAUAA